AUGUGCUCCCUGGGCAGGAGACCGUCUUUCUUCCUUAUUGUUGUGCGCCUGUAUCUGCAUGGGGUUUCAUCUCAGGAGCGCCCUGCGCGACAAAGAAAACCAUUUUCUGAGAGGCUCCGCAGACUGGAAGAGCAGUUUCGCAGGUUCCAAGAGGUGACCCUCACAGACCUUCAAGGCGUCGUCAGCAAUUACAACCUGUCCCACAGCAUUGACACCCGGUUCCCAGGCCUGGCCCCAGAGACCCAGGCCACGGCUCUGGCAGUCAACCAGUCACUGGCCACUGUGCAGGACCACCUGGGCCACCUCAAGACCUGGAUGCGCAAGACCCAGUGCAGAAGCCAGAAGGUGGACUCCAGGCUGCUGGCCUUGGGCACUGCCCUGAGUGAGAGGCAGACACAGUGUUCUCGGGACAGGAAGGAGCAGGCGGCACAGAGGGACACCCUCUCCCAGCUGGCCCUGGGCGUGCGGGCUCUGCAGGAAGUGGCUCACCUGACACACUUUGUCCAGAGCCAGGGUGCCAGGCUGGCUGCUCUCGAGGGGUGGCCGCAGGUGCCCAGCCCUGCCCCCACAGUCCCAAGGCCACCCCUUGCCCAGCGUCCAGCCCUGCCUGGGCUGCCAAGCCCGAGCUCCCUGAAGCCACAGGAGGGCAGGCGGGUGCCCAGAGCAUCUCCUGAGCCCAGGCACCCACCUCAGGACUUUGCUGAGCAUCUCCAGGGGAUGCAGGAGCCCCCAGGCCCAGGCAGCCUGCGGGCACAGCCCCCCAGAGGCUGGGAAGGGCCGGGGAGGGCCUCCCGGACGUGGGCCCUGUGCUUCUUUCCUAAUGCCUCCACUGAGAACGUGGUCUUCCUCAGCCCUGGCUUCCUCUGGGGCCUGCAGGCACUGUCUGUGUGCAGCUGGGUCCGCACGGCCUCAGGCCACCUGGGCACCCUGCUCUCCACUGCCACGCAGGAGAAUGACAAUAAGCUGGUGCUGCACAGCCGCGACUCCCUGGUCCCCAGCUCUGUCCACUUUGUGAUCGGAGGCCCAGCCUUCAGGGAGCUGCCUCUGCAGCCACUGCUGGAUGGCCAGUGGCACCGUGUCAUCUGGACAUCCAUCCUGGGCAGGUGCCGGCUCCACAUGGACUGCAGGCUAGUGGCCACUGGCUCCCAUUUCGGAGGGGGCUACAAGAUCCCUCCAGGAGGGUCCCUCGUGCUGGGCCAGGAGCAGGACAGUGUCGGGGGGUUUGACAGCUCUGAGGCCUUCAUGGGGAGUGUGGCAGGCCUGGCCAUAUGGGACCGGGCACUGCUCCCCAGGGAAGUCUCAGACCUUGCCACUGGGAAAGAGCUCCCAAUGGGCCCCAUCCUGACCCUAGCCAACGCCUCGUGGGUUGGCGGAUUCAUGCAGAGGGUGAACUGCACCCAUCUAGUGCCCUGUGAGGUGUUGCCAUGCCCUAGCUGCAGUCAUGCUUGGGUGGUGAGAGGAGAAAGUCUCCAGCAGCCGCUGGCCACCCUGACCCCAGAACCCUCCAUAGAGGGCCCCCCAAAACCCACACUGGGAAAUGAAGGGUAG